UCCUUUGUCGAAGUUUCCGCUCCCAGCGUGGAUCGUCCGUUUGGCUUGCAUCUCUGGCCCAUUUUCUCAGCUGCCUUCGAAGCUGUCGCUGGCUACCCAGCAGAAGAGUUUGACUUUGUGCACCACAAGACGUUUCUCGCCAACGGCUGGCACGCCAUCCUGAUCAUCAUUGUCUACUACAUCGUCAUCUUCGGUGGCCGUUGGUUGUUGGCUACGUUGAAGGUGCCUGCGCUCAAGUUGAACUUUUUGUUUCAGUUGCACAAUGUGUUUUUGACCGUGGCUUCGUUGGUGUUGUUGCUUUUGGCUGUUGAGCAGUUGGUCCCCAUCUUGUACUACCACGGCAUCUUCUACGCCAUCUGUGAUGUCCAGGCCUUUGCUCCUAAGUUGGUUACGUUGUACUACUUGAACUAUUUGACCAAAUACGUAGAGUUGAUCGACACUGUGUUCUUGGUGUUGAAGAAGAAAAAGUUGUUGUUCCUUCACACCUACCACCAUGGUGCUACCGCUUUGUUGUGCUACACCCAGUUGACAGGUUCCACCUCAGUGGAAUGGGUCCCUAUCACCUUGAACUUGGCUGUCCACGUCGUCAUGUACUGGUACUAUUUCCUUUCAGCCAGAGGCAUCAAGGUGUGGUGGAAGGAAUGGGUUACCAGAUUCCAGAUCAUCCAGUUCUUGAUCGACUUGGUGUUUGUGUACUUCGCCACAUACACCCACUACGCCUUUAGAUACUUCCCAUGGUUGCCCCACGUCGGCGACUGUUACGGCUCGGAACUCGCUGCUGCCUACGGCUACUUGAUCUUGACCUCCUAUUUGUUGCUCUUUAUUUCCUUCUACAUCAAGGUUUACAAGACCAAGGGAUCGAAAAAGAAGACUACACCAGCAUCCUCCGGCACUUCCUCCGGUGCCACAGCCUCUGGAGUCGCUACUGGUGAA